AUGGCGCCUAUUCCAUUCAUCGCCGAGCUGGCAUCUUGGUUCCAAGCCCUAGCCCUCGACCCCACCUUGUCACAGCCAGACACAACCGGCAACCUCCUCUUGCAUCGCAGCUCGAUCCUCGAGCGCGAGACGGCACCGAACUGGGUCAGUUGGCCGCCGGAUGAUGGAAGCAUCGCGUUUUGGGUCGGCAUCUUCGUCGCUGCCCCGUUACUGUUCGUCCUUGCAACAUGGGUGGUAUGGCAUUGCUUGUAUGGGACGAAGCCCAAGUAG